AUUUCUGAUGCAAUAUUCGUUAACAAGACGUGAAUGCACUGUAUAGGUGGUACAAACGAAAGGAUUGAGGAUUCGUGCAAUUAAAAUGUUCAUCCGUGUUUAGAAAACCCAACAAAUUGAUAAGUUUCUCAUAAACGCCAAAGUAUUUAAAGCGAUAUCCAAAAUGACUGAAGAAGAUUCGGUAUUCGAUCCUACCUUGAAAAAGAAAAAGAAGAAAAAGAAAACUAACUUUGACCUUGAUGCUGCAUUCAAUGAAGGUGGUAAUAUGGGGUAUGCAUCAGAAAUCACUGGUGACAAAGAAAACCAGGAGCCAGAUCCUCCUGCAUUGGUGGAAGAUGAUGAUACAUUGGACUUAGAAAAUUUUGGAAGGAAAAAAAGGAAGAAGAAAAAAGCAUUUAAUUUAGAUGAACUGGACGCAGCUUUGCCAGAUACUAAAAAAGAGGAUGUUAUCGAACAACAAACAGAAGAAGUUGCAGUGGAUGAUACCUUUGAUUUGGAUAUGGACUUCUCGAAAACUAAAAAGAAGAAAAAGAAAAAGAAAGAUCUCGAUGAACUAGUAGCGGAAGAAGAGCAUAAAGAAAUUGAAGAUAAAGAAAAUGAAGAAACAAGUUUAUGGUUCGGAUCGGAUAGAGAUUAUACGUAUGAUGAAUUACUGAUAAGAGUAUUCAACAUUAUGAAGGAAAAAAACCCUGAUAUGGUUGCUGGAAAGAAACAGAAAUUCGUUAUGCGUCCCCCUCAAGUAGUACGUAUAGGUACCAAGAAAACAUCUUUUGCUAAUUUCACCGAAAUAUGCAGAACGCUUCAUAGGCAACAAAAACAUUUACUUGAUUUUUUACUUGCUGAAUUAGGAACUAGUGGUUCUGUUGAUGGAAAUAGUCAACUUAUUAUUAAGGGCCGUUUUCAACAAAAACAAAUAGAAAAUGUUCUUAGGAGAUACAUUAAAGAAUAUGUUACCUGUCACACCUGUCGUUCGCCAGAUACCAUUCUCCAAAAAGAUACUCGACUAUUUUUCUUACAGUGUGAAACCUGUGGAUCAAGAUGUUCAGUAGCUAGCAUAAAAUCUGGCUUCCAGGCCGUCACUGGAAAACGUGCUGCUAUUCGAGCAAAAACUGCCUAAACAAAUUUUUCAUUGUCCCACCUAUCAAUUUUGUAGCAUAAUUUUCAAAUUGUCAGAGUUUUUUGUGUUAGAAUACUGUUUUUACUGUACCUAUUGUAACGGCGUGCAAUCCAAACACCUAUUUUUACUCGUACGAAUUGAUCAACGUCAGUUUUAAAAAGUGAUUGUGAAAUAUGCAAUAUACAAUGUGUUUUUUAUCAUCGAUCUUCACAGACAAAAAGAUAUUACGUGAAAAUUAUGUCUUAGCAAAGUUUUUUCUACAAUUUUCCUUAGCAAGAUUUUUAGUAUUUACAAUUUUGAUCUCUAAAAUUUUUCAAUUUGUCGUUUUUGGUUUCAAAAUUUCUAACAUACCAUUCGUUCUGAAAUAAACGUAAAAGAAGUUUUAUGAUUUAAUUGAAUUCGAAGUUUUUACGCACUCUCCGUUGCAGGACUGAUAUGUAAUAAUUUUCAAGAAACAUAAUAAUCUAUAGUCACGAUUUGAAUAAUAAUGAUAUAAACAAUGACACUCUAAUACGAAAUGCAUUGCUUAUCCAUUUGUCUACCAUUGUGACGUGAAAUCCUGUAUAAAGAAUUUAUCAAAUAAGUGGAAAAUGGUAUGGAUUACCAGUUGUUAACAAUAGAUUUAAGCAGGUAAUAAUAAUUUG